CGAUUGUAUAUCGAUCCUGCCCCAAGGGAUAGGAGUUAUUUAACCGAGCAAGAAACACAUCGCUCCCGUACAAUUUGCCACAACAAUCCGGUAAACACUGCGUACAAUAUAAAUUUGUAAAUUAUUUCAGUAUUCUAAAAGUUUUUAUUUUGCUUUCCUUUGACUAACAACUUCGUGUUUUUCGUUUCAUGUAGGAAUCACUCAUUCCCAUCGGUCAUUGAGGGACAACAUGAUUGCCCACUUGGCAUGAUCGACUAUCGCUGUAUCUAGAGAGGACAGGUUUGGACAUGGUGAGGCACUUCAUGUGGAUUGAUAUCGACACCGAUCUGUUGACGACAAUGGCAGAGCGAUGACGCCCCGAAACACAUACCUUCCAAUUUCCCGAGUGAGAAAUGACGAUCACCAUCAGAGACGUUGUCAUCCUCACCAGGAUGUCGCUCACAAGAGAGGCCAUCAUCGGCAACUCGAGAAAACGCGACGAUGGUUGGGGGCCCGCUAAUUCUCGGGCGUUUGGGGUUCGACAUGCUGACUCAAACUGAAGUCCAAAGACACGGGCAUUCACCGCUGAAUGCGAGACAAAAAUCGAUUCUGUGGCUCGUUAUUCACAUCCAAAUAGCGGCGAAUUUAGGCCAAGACACCCCCAAAGAUCAAGUGGGGCGGUAUGCACGCUUCUGUUGGGAUUUUUAGUGGUGUGAAUGGAAAUAAAAAAGGGGUAAGUUUCAAGAGAGUCUCUUGAAGUACCAUGUUGGUAAGAUGUGGGAAGGCACGGCCUCGAAUUCGAUCGAUUUGAUGUAAUAUGUGGUUAAUCGGUUAAAUUGGUUUGUGUACCAAACGGACCAAACCAAACCAAGUUGAACCAAAUCGAACCGAACUGAAGUGGCGGUUGGAAUAACCAAACCGGUCCAACUACCAUGGGUCGAACCGAUGCAAUGGUUCAUUAUUUCAAACGUGAACCAAUGUGUUGGUUGGGGUGUAACCACCCAUAUGAAGAGUCGCCUCCCUUCGUACGCACCCCUUCAUUUUCUAUAAAUAGCACCUAACCCCCUCUGGUUUUUAUAUAGAUUUUUCCGAUACGGAAGUUCUGCCAAAAUCCAAAAAAAUAGUUUUUCUGCAUUCUUUUCAAAGAGAAAAUAGAGUCAAGUGUGGUUCUCGCCGAUUCGUUGCGUUCGAUGGGUUCCGGGGUUUGAGGUACCGCUACGCCGGAAAAGGUACGUCCUUUCUAUCCUGGGAGGAAUCAUUCCAUAAACCUUGGGUACUUGAGGGGAAUAAGAUUCUUUAAGGAGAGAUAGUGAAUUCUAUCGGCUAGGACGCUUGCAUGUGUCUUUGCAUGUUUUCUUUAUCUUAUGUGUUUGCUUGUGUUGCAAGAAAAUAGUAUACGUGAACUUUUCCCCAACAAUCUUAAAGAAUCUUAUGGUUUCACGUAUACAAUUUGUCUUGGUCCGCAUGAAACUGUCUUUCGUCGUUCAUCUUUGUGUGUUUGCCUUAGGAGAAUGACGAUUCAUGCAUUCAGUAGGGUUUAACUGUUUGUAUAUAUCUGGUCAUCAACAGAACCAUGCAUGAUUCAUUGUGUUAAUUGAUCUCCUUGCAUGUAUCUGAAAUUUUUUAAAUAUAAUUUAUGAUGAAGUUUCGUUGGAACACUCGAUUCCUUCUGCGGAGCAAACAUGUUUGAUAUAUAUAUUUGGUAGUUAUAUAUAUGUUCGUUGUGUAUGCAUAUGUGUUUUGGUUUUUGUACAUGGAAAAAUUGCUGCAUGCAUUUGGAAAGAUUGAAUCGUUGCAUGCAUUGUUGAAAUGGAAUAUGCAUAUAUAUAAUGGUUUGUUUGUUCUUGCCUUCGGUGCGAAAGAAAGCAAGUUGUUGUAAUUUGUUUUUCUCAAUUGGUUGAUUUACUUUGAAAUGGCAGUGCAUUGAAAUGGGUUUUCUUAGCUGCCAUUUAAAGAGUCUGGUUAAGUGAACAUUGUCCUUUCAUGCCAUGAAUUGUGAUUUGCCAUGUUAUUGAUCAUUGCAUUUCACCAUGCAUGCCUCAAACUCUCCAUAAGUUUUCAUGAAUGGUUCUGUGAUUGAACAAAUUGAUGUCAAAGUGAAUAUGUUUGUUGCCGAACAUGCAAUAUGAUUUUUUAUAUCUUCACUUUGUUGAUUCGUGCAUAAUUUGGUUAUGUUUAUGUUCAUGGUGCACUUUGUGUGCGAGGUAAUAUUCUGGACCAAUUCGGUUUGGUUGGUAAUGUCAAAUACUUAUGUAGUAUUUGAGAUGUGAACAAAUUCAUAACUUAUGUUAGGAGAAAAGUUCAUGGAGAAUUCAAUUAGGUUGAAUUUUAAAGAAUUCAUGUUUGAGAUUCAAUUUCAAGUACUUGGAAAAAAUACAACAUAUUGCUUCAUGUAAUCAAAUUGUUUGUAUUGUAACCUUGUACUGAUUUGAAACAAAAUGGUGCGAAGAUGGAAUACUCAUCUAUGAUUGAUACUCAAUGGGACCUAAUGUGGAUGAUUUGGGCACCCAUGUGGACUCGAUGGAGAGUAUGGGGGAAGAAGAGGAAGUUGAGGAAUCGGAAAACGAGGAGGAGUACUCCGACAUAGAGACCGAUGAAUGCCUCUCUGAUCCUGACUUCCACCCCAAGAAUCCUUAGGAUUCUUGUAUAUGUAUUGUAAUCUCCUUUGAGGAGUAGACAUAUGCAUGUGUGUAUAUAUACAUAUGGUAUUAAUAUGUGUGUACCUAUGUAAGUCGUGUAUUUACAUGAUGAAUAAAGGACAAAUGUUCUUUUCUCCCAAGUGGAAAAUUAGUUGGAUAAAACCUUACAAGUUUGUUUGGUUCCAAAAUUAACCACAAAGUUUUAAUGCUUUUAUUGCAUUUGGACUUCAUUCAAGGUGAUGCAUGAGAGGAUGGAAGUACUUAUGAUAGUCCUUCAUGGACUCUAAGUAACGGUGGUUUGGAUAGUAAUAAACUAUCUAGUGGGAAACUAUGAACAAUCAUAGGUAUGUGAAACCUAUGACGAGAGGCCAGUAGGGACUUGUUUGUCAAGUCUUUCUAAGCCAGAAUGUUUGCAUAGGUUAUGUUCAAAAUAAGUUGAACAUAGUUAUGAAAGAGUAUACCUCCAAUGUGUUGGAGAUGAAGUUUGGUUAAUGUACGUUUAAAGGUUUGCAUUACGAGUAAGCCAUAAGUGAUAAGGAAUUCGAAUUCCUAAGAUGCUUGUGAUGACAUAAUAAUUUGUUUAUUAUGUAUGUGGUUUAGGACUUGAUGUUUCCUAUGCCACGAGGGUAAGGAAAAUGAAGCUAUGAUUGAUCCUUAUAGGGAUUUAAUAAGCUUGCUAAAUGAUGGUCGUCAUCAAGAUAAGCAUUAGUUCAGAAUUGUUUAUGGUACAAAUUGACUAUGAUUAUCAACGUGGAGCUAGUUGCCAGAACUGUUUAUGGUAUAUACAGAUAUAUAUAUCAUUGGAAAACAAUUUGGCAUGAGAGCUCAAUUGAGAUGAUCUUAUUGAACUUAAAGUCUGGAUUACUUAUGGUAUAUUUAUGAAGUUUAUACCAUUGGAAAGUAAAUCGACAAUUGGAUAAGAAAUUCGUUUGAAUUACUUGUGGUAUAUCAUGUUACAAAAAUCAAAUGUCAUUGGUAAGUAAUUAGAUGGGAUUUCCAUUACUGGAAUGCAUCUGAAUUACUUAUGACGUCUCAAGUUGCCUUGAUCAAUACCAUUGGUAAGUAAUUAGAUGGUAUUUCUAAUAAAAUCUGAAUUGUUUGUGGUAUGCUAAUCGAGUGAGAUCAUACCAUUGGUAAACAGUUAGAUACACAUAGUGGUUGGCAAGUCCAAUAAGUAAAACCAUGGAAAAUAAAUGGGAUUAUUCCAUGAUGUUUGGCAAAGGGUAGAAUUGUGGGGGAGAAGAGCUAGCAAUUGUUUCGACUACUAUCUCAAGACCCUACAAUGGGACGCAAACCUAUCCAUAAGACAAAAGUGGAAAGGUAAACGAAGUCAUACUUGAAAGUAUGAAGGUGUCCAAUGAGAAAGGGAAAGUCCUUAAACCUUGUGGAGUUAACCUAGUCCAAGGGUAUAACUUAUGAGUAAUCUCUAGCAUAUAUUGACGUUAUGUCAGAGAGCUAGAAUAUUUAUUGAUGUUGAUCCACUCUUCCCAAAGAGAUGAUUUUGACCAUAUACAUGUAUGUAUAUGAACAACAUUCCCCAAACCGGAAACGUUGGUUUCAACAACUAUGGCGAAAUAGUUGAAAUGUGGGGGAUAAAUUGGGGAGAAGUAAUGUGGAAUGUCGCUUGGGUGAUUCCAAAGUGAAGUGAUGUGAAUACUUAGGAGUUUUAUGUAAACCCUAAGUUAAGUCAUAGAUGUCACUACAUUUGAAGAGAUACUUGUGAAACUCAAGUACUCUAAGGUUAAUGAAGUAGAGAGAUUUCAACACCGUUGGCAUGUGUUUUGAUUAUUGCAAGGCAAUAAAAUCAAGGCAAACACAUAAGAUGUAUAGUGAAUUGAAAAGAGACGAGUCUUUGGUGGAUUUUACCCAAAGGAACUCACUGGGUGAACCAAAAGCCAUAGUCCAUUAAUGGAUAGGCAUUUAUGGUUAACGAGGAGCAAUAUCUUGGAAAACGUCCAAGUAAAACUCUAAGACCGGUGAAGUUGAGUAGUUUGGCCCGCAAAGACUGGCGUUAAUAAAACGCAUUUGUGCACAAAAUGGUUAUUGCAAGGGCUAGAAGUGUUAUGUGAAACAUCUCGUCGUAGAAACAUAACAUUAUUGAUUGGUUAAUUUCUAGCGAAGUUAUCGGAGAUGAUCAGUUUAGAUCAAGUGAUAACAAACGUGGGGCCCAUCUAGAAAUUAAUUUAAGUAUAGAAGGGAAUGGACUCGUGGCCUAGGACAAAUCAUCAUGGCGGUAACUCUACCUAAGAAGGAUUUCCAGACCCAACCUCUAGGUUCAAGGAGAAAACAAAGUUGUGAAUGAUGGUCCGACAUUGUCAAAUUAUUCAAAGUCCAUUCUCAUGAUGAGACAAUGUCCAACUAUAAGGGUAAACCUAAAGAUGGAAGGUUUUUAAUGGCUUCUAAGUUUGACACAGGAUGUGAUCAAAUAGUGUAUUUUCGGAAUACAUGUUUAGAAAUCACCUAUGUGAGUGUGAAGUGGAGCCGCUUCAAGGAGAAUAAAAGAAGGCCAUUUCUCUAAGCACUCAUGAAACCAGGCGGUGUUUCACGGCUGAAACGAACACAACAAUGAGAACCAGUGAACGGAUAAGAGUUAGUUGUGUGACAUAUGUUGUCUUAGUAUACAAGCAAAACCGACGGUUCAAAAAUAUCAAAAACAUUCUCCAUUCAUGUGGGGGAUUGUUGGGAUUUUUAGUGGUGUGAAUGGAAAUAAAAAAGGGGUAAGUUUCAAGAGAGUCUCUUGAAGUACCAUGUUGGUAAGAUGUGGGAAGGCACGGCCUCGAAUUCGAUCGAUUUUAUGUAAUAUGUGGCAGCUGGAAUAACCAAACCGGUCCAACUACCAUGGGUCGAACCGAUGCAAUGGUUCAUUAUUUCAAACGUGAACCAAUGUGUUGGUUAGGGUGUAACCACCCAUAUGAAGAGUCGCCUCCCUUCGUACGCACCCCUUCAUUUUCUAUAAAUAGCACCUAACCCCCUAUGGUUUUUAUAUAGAUUUUUCCGAUACGGAAGUUCUGCCAAAAUCCAAAAAAAUAGUUUUUCUGCAUUCUUUUCAAAGAGAAAAUAGAGUCAAGUGUGGUUCACGCCGAUUCAUUGCGUUCGAUGGGUUCCGGGGUUUGAGGUACCGCUACGCUGGAAAAGGUACGUCCUUUCUAUCCUGGGAGGAAUCAUUCCAUAAACCUUGGGUACUUGAGGGGAAUAAGAUUCUUUAAGGAGAGAUAGUGAAUUCUAUCGGCUAGGACGCUUGCAUGUGUCUUUGCAUGUUUUCUUUAUCUUAUGUGUUUGCUUGUGUUGCAAGAAAAUAGUAUACGUGAACUUUUCCCCAAGAGCUUCUACCUCAUUGGCUUAGUUAGUGGAUUUUUGUUCCCCGACAAAGCAGAUCGGUGGAUACAAGGCAUGUGGUUGUCGUUACUCCUCGGCGAUUGGGACGAGAUGGGGAGAAAGAGUUGGGGGUCGGCUGUGUUAGCUGGGAUUUACCGGGAGUUGUGUACUUGCUCGAAGUUGGGAGCGAGACAAGCUGGUGGUGCGAUGUUCACCCUCAAGCUAUGGGCAUGGGAGCAUCUUCCGAUUUUCGCAGCUCGAGACCCGUGGGAAUUAUAGUUUCCAAAUGAGGAGCUACGAGAUGUAGCGAAUCCCCCCUAUGGUGUCAAGUAAGUUUUAUCUAAUUUACAUUUAUUCCAAGUAUGCAAUUUAGUUUAAUUUAAUUUAGAUUUAUUCCAAGUAUGCAACUUUAUUUAAUUUAGAUUUAUUAUAUGUAUGCAAUUUUAUUUUAUUUAUAUUUAUUCCAAGUAUGCUCCAUUAGAUAUAUCAAACCUUCAAUAGUAGUUUGUGUAUAGGUAAAAAAAAUUAGUGAUAGUGGAACACCCUUAAAAUAUGGAAAAUGAUUAUUCAACCUCCUCUAGUAUUCUGCAUAUGGGUACAAAUAAUAUUUAAGUGAUAGGGUCUAUGUGAUUUGAACUUGGGAACACUGCUACUAUUAGUAAAUAUAGUUUCAAUUAGACUACAACUCAUUUGUUGUUAUGUUUUAGAUCAAAAUAUGAUAGUAAAAGGCUAUUCUUAUCCCCAAUUAUUUUCAAAACCUAACGAUUAAAUCCAAUUACGGGUUACCCUUGUCUAGUAGGAUAUGUCACGAGAGAUUUGUUGAGUAGUGUAUACACCGAAUGUAUUUUACAAUUUUUUUAUAAUACGGAUCAUGUUUGAACUUUUAUUCUAACUUUUACUAGUUGAAUAUUUUCAUAUUUAAUAAUUAUUAGAUUUAUUUUUUUAAUUUUAAUUUUAAUUUUUUUUAAGAGGACACCCUAUUUAAAAUUUCUGAAUCUGCCACUGGCUACGAGUAACUACUGAGGAAUGGCCCCGCGAGAAGGGUUGACGAGGAAAGGAUUGACGGAAUUGUAAAUUCCACCGCACACACCUUGCUUGAUUUUCGUGUGGACUAUAAUGCCAUUACGAAAGUAGGUCAGCUCCAAAUCCCUCCUUCGGUUGUUAUUGGGUUAUGAAGGAUGGUCAAUUAAAUGAAUAAUUGGUGGAAGACAAAGGUUAACGUGGCAAAAUCAAUGGUGGGUUUAUUUAGGUUGUAGCAAAUGGGAAAAAGCAGAAGUAUUAGUAUGGCCAAAGUGACACGGCUACUAAAUUGUUGGGACUAUUAGAAUCUGUUGAAGGGUUCAUACCCCAUUCAUUCAGUAACAUAGAACUCGAUCAUUAGUGGGUUUGCACAGUUGGAGUUUGAGUAAGGGUGCUACAUCAGAGGAAUUGAGGAGUCAUCUUUUCGAGUUGAGUGUAAAGUGGGUAAAAUCUCUGUCAAAAUCUUUUUAGUUUAUGCUUUCGUUUCAAGUUAUUAUUUAGUUAAUUUUUAAGUUAUGCGCGACUAUGUGUGUGAGGCAUCGCCGCCUACUUAAGGCGAAGACACACAUUGUGCUAUGAAUGAAUGUAUGGAUGUAUGAUUGUAAUAGUUGGUUAAUGGUAAGAUGAACCCCUGGGCGGUUGGCCCACUACUGGACGCGAUAGAUGGUCGGAUCACUGCUGGACGGCGAGACGUAACGCAACAGUUGAUCGAGUAUGUUGGAUCACUACUGGGCGGCGAGACGUAUCGCAGUAGUUGCUCCUGGCAUGGACUGGACGACGAAACGUAACGCAGCGCAGUGCCAUUGUCAAGCUGUGUAUGCAACCGGAGACGUAACGUGAUUGGCAUACUAGGUAGGGACACCGGACGACGAUUCGUAACGUGGUGGUCCCUAGUGUUUGGUGUAUAAGUUAAGGAUAGAAGUAAAGAACUUCUAUAGGAUGACAUAGGAGUAAAGAUAAAGGAUAGACUGUUUUGAGAAUAAAUUUUUUUAAGGAUGAAGGCGAGAACGACUUUCAUCUAAGGCAAGAAACUCUAAUAACGUGUUUAGUAAGGAGUAUGCUUAGGGAAAAGACCUUAGGAAGUAACGACGAGACUGACCCCUUCUCACUCACCAGGUCGAGGAAGGGUUAGCAGAGGUGGAUUUUGAGAAGAGGCUAGGCGAGGCGAGAAGCCGCACCAGAGUGAACGAGAUCGAGGCGAGCUCAGCAAGGGGUGUUAGAGUUUAUUUAGUUAGUUAUGUUUAUGAUUAUGAGUAUAACUGGAGGUUCAAAGGUUAAGCUUUAUUGACUAUUAUUUGAGGUCGCCCACGUGUUUAGGACAUUUCAUUUGAAAGGGAUUCAGUUGUAUUUGUUUUAAUGAAAUUUUUUAGGUUGUUUUAAAUCGGCUCCGGAGCCAUGUGUAUCUCGGUUUGUUAAAAGGAUCGGGUCGUUACAUUAUAUGUGUAGCUUUGCUUACAUGGAGGAUCGGAGCAAAUAAAAAAUACCACCAACCUUAGCAGUCUUUACUGUUUAUCGUGCUGAGUUUGAUAAGUCUUGGUGGAAUCAGGCAAAAAUGUAUUUUUGAAUAUUUUAAAUUUUUACCUUCCAAUGGAUAUAAUUGAUACUAAUUGCCAAUUAUUAACGAGUGUAGGUGACAUGAGACCCAUUUCCACAUGAAGCGUUCGAGCUGCAUCGUCUUACACACCCCGAGGAUACGAAGGAGUGGUUCUGUUGACACAUGGUGGAGUGGCACCUGUCGGAUAGAGCCUUAAGGCAAUAUCGAUUAGAGCUACCAAUUCCAGCAUCCCCACCCGUAGGUUUCAGGGAUCUCCAUGCCAUCGACCUAGGGUUUAGGGUUGCUUGAACUACCACCCCAUCUGUACCCUCCUGCAAAACCAUCAUUAUAAGAAUACUGGUGAGAAUGAGUUUCACCCACCGCCUCGGUCUCGACAUACACCUCUACAAGCCGUAUCCCGUUGUCAGAUAGGAACUGUAUCAUCAUGGUAACCGUGUCAUCAUCAUUUAUGACAAAUUCUUCCUACAUAAAUCCACUGGCACUCAUGUUUGGAUACCGGUAAGUAAUUUUACCAACUCUCGUCUGUCCGCCCAUACAAAUCCUGUAUGCACAAAUGUCACGAAGUUCUUGCCACAUGAAUCUCGACUCAAUUUUCAACAUAGUUGAUUCACCAUCUUCAUAAUCGAUCUCAAUGUCAGAGUUUCUCACUCAACCAUUCCACCGAAUAAUAAGCCGAAACUUCUUAAAUAUACUCAUGUAUGCAAUUUAUAAUAAGUAACUAUUAGCUUAACUCGAAUAAGAUUAGUAUAGUAUAAUUAGUACUUGGGGCUACACAAACAAUAUCCAACACCAUAUUUUUAGAGCUACGAAAACAAUAUCAUCCAAAACCAUAAACAACCGCAACUAACUAAUCGAAACAUUGACCAUAAUUAGCAUUACAAUAACAUGAUUAUACUAAACAAAUUCAUCUAACUAACAUCAAUCCUACCAUAAUUAAUCUAAAUAUCUCUAACAUAACAUAUUUGCCACUAACCGCAAUUCAUUAAAUACAUACAUAUAAUUAUUAAACCAUCAAUAUCUAAACAGUACAUAAUUAUAUCAUACCAAAAAAUUUAAGUUUCUGUACCCGUAGUUGCUGGAAGCAAUGUAGUCAAAAGCUAGUUUUAAAGCCUAAAAGCCUACGCUUUUACGCUUUGGAACCCCCCAAAUAUUGUAGCUUUUGUUCAAAAAGCUUUUUGCACCAACAACCCAAGUAAAAGCCCUCAAGCCCAGUAAAAGCCUUAGAAGCUAGUUUUUGACCGCUUCUCUACGCUUUUGAUAUCCGAGUAUGAUGAUCAUAUUUGGUCGUGUUUGGUUCAAAUUUUUGGACAAGAGAAAAAUGAUGCAGUCUUAUUUGUUUUCUAGUCGGGUUAUCCUUUUAGUAUUCGCUUUUAUGAAUUUAUCAUCCCUAAGUCACCGACACUUUUCCACAUUCUCGUAUUUUCUCUGCCUCCAAAACCACAUACCACAUCCAAAGUUCUGCUUCCAAAAGCUUUUCCCUUAGUUUCCCGCAACGUGCAUCCAACUUCCUCUUAGUAGGCUCCCACUGCUACAAUAACUUGGACAUCUUAAUUCGAUGCAUCAACUCUCCCCAUCCCUAUAACUCAUAUCCCAACCCUAUGACUAUGUUGUCGUCAAAGCUCAUCACCUUCAGCCUCACAUUUGCCACCACUUUCACUUAUUAGUGGAGUUUGUCUAUAACCCUUCUAGCUUCAUGUUUUGUUGUUGGUUUCCUUUUCACAUAUUUUUUCUAGAAAGCAAGAGGAAGAUGGUGAAUUCUUGUUUAAAGGCCUAUUAAUUUAGUUUAUGUGUAUGAGAGUAGUAUGUUAAAUAUGAGCUAGUUCAUCUCUCUGUUCAUAUUUUGCAUAAUACAAGUUAUGGUUAUAAUAUUUCUAUUAAAAUUAUAUGAUAUGCAAAAGCUUACGCUUUCACGCUUUGCUUUUGCGCUUCCGCUUUUACCCAUCAUUUCACUUUUACCUAGAAGCUAGACUUUGACUGCAUUGGCUGGAAGCUGGCUGAGAAGAAGAUUUUUGCAAACAUUUGAGUGGAAUGGGACAGAUUUUUGAGGCAAAUACGUGGGGGUUCCGUUAUAUAUAUGCAAACUAGGUCAAGUAAUCACCGCAAGAGUCCAUAACAGUGAAGUUGUUCAUCCCUGUAGCCUAUUGCGGUGAAUACUAGAUCGUUAUGACCUAAUUUUCCAUCUACCAUGACUGGAAAACGUGGUAGACAAUCACCACUUUUCACAACUGCGGUGAUAUGUUCAUCGUUGUCGUCCAUUGCGGUGAAUAUGUUCACUGUUUUUAUCCAACGCAGUGGUUGGUUCACUGUUUUUCUGCAUUGCGGUGAUUAUUUCAUUGUUUUUAAUUAAAACCGUGAUAUAUUGAUUGUCUUUGUCUAUUGCGGUGAUUUAUUUCACUGUCUUGGACCAUUGUGGUGAUAAGGAAAUACUAGUUAACUCUUUAAAAGAACAAGUUCUAAAACACUAUUUCAUAGAUUCACAUAACAAGGGGUGCUCUUUUAGUAAUUAAUCAAAGUUUGGAUUAGUUUUUGUGUCAUUAAGGUUUUAAUUAACUAACUUAUGACAAUUUGAGCCGAAAUCAAUGGAUAUUUUUCCCUUCCCAUAUCGAUCGCGUUUACAAUCGUUUACCCAUUUUCUGUGUGGUGUCGGGCUUGCAAAUAAUUUUUGUUUUUAUGGUUUUGGGUUUUAUGCCGGGUUUUAUGCUCACCCUUUUCAUGUGUUUGACUACUUCUUUUGCCUUCGUAGUUGGUACCUUAUUUCUUAUCUUAAUGAUCUUUCCUUCACUUAUUGACCACGUUUAGGGUCGUUGGACCAAUUUUUUUGUUGUAUCGGACUUUCUCUGUGGUGUCGGGCUUGCAAAUGAUUUUGGUUUUUAUGGUUUUGGUUUUUAUGCCGGGUUUGACUAGUUCUUUUGUUUUCGUGGUUGGUACUUUUUUCUUAUCUUAAUGAUCUUACCUUCGAUUAUUGACCACGCUUAUAGUCCUUGGAUCAUUUUUUUUUCGUUGUAUCGGACUUGAAGAUGUUUUUUGCGACUUUAGGGUUUGGUUCGUUUUUAUUCUCGGUGGGAAUUUUUACGUAAAUGCUUGGAAUUGUUUUGUGUAGCCGCUUGGAGUCGUUUCACCGCUUUUUCUCUGUUGUAUCGGGGUUGCAAAUGGUUUUUGGUUUUGUGUUUUAUGUCGGAUUUUACGAUCUAUUGUGUUUGACUAUUUUUUCUUGCCAAAAUUUAUGAUCACUUGUGUUUGACCACUUUUGUUUUGCCUUCAUGGUAGGUACAUUCUCUUAUCCUGAUGAUCUACUAAUGCAAAUUUUGGUUUUUAUGGUUUUGGGUUUUAUGCUCACCCUUUUUAUGUGUUUGACUACUUCUUUUACCUUCUUGGUUGAUACCUUUUUCCUUAUCUUAAUGAUCUUUCCUUCUCUUAUUGACCACGUUUAGGGUCGUUGAGCCGGUUUUUUUUUUGUUGUUGUUGUUGUUGUUGUAUCGGACUUUCUCCAUGGUGUCGGGCUUGCAAAUGAUUUUGGUUUUUAUGUCGUUUGACUACUUCUUUUGCCUUCGUGGUUGGUACUUUUUCCUUAUCUUAAUUAUCUUACCUUCGCUUAUUGACCACGCUUAGUGUCGUUGGACCUUUUUUCCGUUGUAUCAGACUUGAAGAUGGUUUUUGGGACUUUAGGGUUUGGUUGUUUUUUUAUUCCCAGUCUUGCAAAUUUAACGUAAGUGUUUGGAAUUGUUUUGUGUAUUCGCUUCACCGUCUUUCUUUAUUGUGUCGGGGUUGCAAAUGGUUUUUGGUUGUGUUUUAUGCUGAUUUUUAUUAUAUAUUGUGUUUGACUAUUUCUUUCCCACGAAAAUUUAUGAUUUAUUGUGUUUGACUACUUUUGUUUUGCCUUCAUGGUAGAUACAUUUUUUUAUCCUGAUGAUUUAUUGAUUCUUCUUUCCUUUUUGUUAAUUUAACAUGUGACUCUUUGUAAUUAAUCAUAAGUUUAGCUUAGUUUUUAUUUUUCUAAUUCUUUUAUUUUAUCUAUCCAAAGGUUUUUAAAACGCGGUGUUGACGAAUUUUGUGUCGACAAUAAUUUUUAUAUGUUUUUCUAAUUUAAGGGAUUGAGUCGAAUGUGGAUUUUGGGUUUUAUUUCAGGUUUUACGCUCACCCUUUUUAUGUGUUUGACUACUUCUUUUGCCUUCGUGGUUGGUACCUUUUUUCUUAUCUUAAUGAUAUUUCCUUUGCUUAUUGACCAAGCUAAGGUCGUUGGGCAAUUUUUUCUUUUUGUUGGAUUUGAAGAUGGUUUUUGCGACUUUAGGGUUUGGUUGGUUUUUUUCUCUGUUUUGCAAGUUCUUAUAUUAGUGCAUGGAAUUGUUUUGUGCCGCUUCGAGUCAUUUCACCGCCUUUUCUCAGUUGUGUCGGGUUGCAAAUGGUUUUUGGUUUUAUGUUUUAUGCCAAAUUUUAUUAUUUAUUGUGUUUGACUAUUUUUUUCCACCAAAAUUUAUGAUCUAUUGUGUUUGACUACUUUUGUUUUGCCUUCAUGGUAGGUACAUUUUUCUUAUCCUAAUGAUCUAUUGAUUGUUCUUUCCUUUUUGUUAAUCUAACAUGUUACCCUUUGUAAUUAACCAUAAGUUUAGCUUAGUUUUCAUUUUUUCUAAUUCUUUUAUUUUAUCUAUUUAGAGGUUGUCAAAACACGGUGUUGACGAGUUUUGUGUAGGCAACGAGUUGUACAUGUUUUUCUAAUUUAAGGGAUUGAGCCGACUGUGGAUUUUACCCACUUUUAUAAUAAACAGAUUGAGUCGAGUGUGAAUUUUGUUAAAAGUGGCGAAUCUGGAUGGUUCUGGUCUUCUUCUUCAAGAGUGGCAGGGUCCAUAAGAACAUAGGGAUAUGUUCCAUCCAAUCGGUGACCAUUUUGUAACUAAAGGAAUCUUUAAAGGUCUUUAUGUUUUUUUUUUUUUUUGUUUUUUGUUUUGUUGCUUUCCCUUCUUCCCCUCUUCCCAACCACACGAAGCCCUCUCUCUCCUUCUCCUUCUCCUCUUUCACCUUUAUCUUUCUCUUUUUUACUCACCCAAACCUCCCUGUCACUUGAAGAAGAAAGGGGGAAAACAACUCACUUCUCUCUUUAAGAAGUGAUGAGGAAGAUUGCCUACAGGUCUGUAGGGGCGUCCCGACGGUGACGACGAUGAUGACAAGGUGGUUUAGGAGUGCAGCGCCGAUGGUAUCAAGCAGAUUCGGCCGGUGAGAGCAAAAUAACAAUGGCGACAAUGUGGGUGGUAGUGAGGCGCUGUGAUGACCUGAAUCUAGUUGCCAUCAACGAGAUCGACGACGAUGGCAGAUCGAUAGCAACGGCGAGGCUGGUAACAUAUGUAGAGAUGACAGGUGUCAAAUACUGGGCAAUGAGGUUUUCUGGAUUAUGCGAUGGCGUUGCUGAAGAGAUUUGCAGGAGGUGGAGGAAAUUGCAGGGCUGUCAUUUGGGAGCCAUCGAGAAGGAAAAAUAUUUUUCUUUGUGUUUGUUUGGUUCCCGCCGGAAUUUUCUCUUCCUGUCUCUCUCUCUCUCACAGUCGAUGAAGUAGAAGAAGAAUGCAGAGAUCUCUAACAUCAUAUGAACGGUAAGUUCUUAUUACUUAUUUUCUUUUAAUAUUAUCUUUCAUUUGACGGGUACUUCUUUUUAAUUGGGUUUUCGUUUGGUUUGUUACUCAGUUUGGUUUCAUCAUUCAGCCUCUUAGACUCUUAGUAGUCAUGGAAACAUAUGGCUUUUAUUGACUUUAGGAGCCUGGCUUUGAUACGCCCCUGGGGGUGUAUGUUAUCAAAGUAACGCAGCAUACGACUCAAUCGAAGAAUCGAUUGAGCUCGAAUUAAGAACGAAGCGCUCUUAAUACGAACUUGGGAUAAAACGGAACCAACGGACAAUUCCACACCAGGGGAAAGAUCGUAUGGUAUAAAAGGGUAGCUGCUCGACCACGAUUGAAGAGGAUAUUCAAUCGAUACAAAGCUCACAAGCUUGGAAUCCACCAAACUCAAACAAGUCGCAACUUGCACAAAACCAAAGGUUUGUUUUUCGAUUAAUCAAAGUCUAAGUUUUUAUAACGUAAAUAGAAGAGUAUUUAUAGACAAAUAUACCUAAUACAAUCCUACAUGAACAAGGAAACUAAUUAGAACAGAAAAAGGCUAAAGAAUUCGUGUAAAACAAGGUAACUUGCUGGCCAAGAAACUGACUUAAAACGCAGGCUUCAUAGCAUCUUUGAGCCCUUCGAAAAUGGCCUUCGAGGUUGAUUCGAAUUCAACCAAUUCCUUUCCUUUGUAGAAUAAAAUUUCUUGUUUCACCUCCAACUUGAAUCAGCCUAAGAUCAUGCUCCAAACUCCAGAUAUAGGCUUUCAAAGUUGGUAUCUCAAAACAGUUUUCUGCCUUAGCCAAAUUUAGACAGUUUUUCUGUUUUGAGGUAGCCUCUUGAUGGGCUUUGAAAGUGACCUUCCAGACAUCUCCUUGAGCUCCAAAACAUACCAAUGUAAUCAUAAUAACAUUAUCUUCAAAACAAGCUCUUGAUCUCCCAUUUUGAUUGAGCCAUUUGUGAGAUACAAGCUUCCAAAGUAGGCUACCUGAAACUGUUUCAACACUUAGCCAAAAAUCAGAAUUCUUCAUGUGAGUUGAGAUGACUUCUUUGGUAAGUAAUAUUGAAUUGUUGAUUGAUCCAAUUGGGAUCAUAUCAGGCUUGGUAUUGCCGAAUUGAUGUCAAGGUUAGUCAAGUUUGAAUGAAAUUAUGUAUUAUAUGGUUGAAUAGGUACUUAGGGUUCUUCUACCACUGAAAUUAUCCAAGCUUUAUUUAAUUAUCUGGCUUUUAAUUUGUAGAGCUUUUAGUGGUUAGAACUUAGAAGGCAGUUUAUCCAUCCAUUACUCAUGCAAUAUACCUUUAUGAUCGCUAUUACCUUUAUUUUGGAGUUUUGAGCUUCUUUACAUUCCUUGGCAAAUCAUGUAUAAAUAACGAGUGAGUAACCUAUUGAUUUAAAAGGUUACCUUUUAAAUAGGGCUUACCUUUUAAAUCAAUAGAAUUGGCUGGUCAUCCGCCUUGCAUUUGCUAAUUGAUUGGAACACUCAAACACAUCAUCAAGUUAGACAUGAUUAAAUAUAUAUUGUCCCUAUUUUGCUUAUACAAGUGUGGUCCAUUAAUCUUGCAUGUUUUCUUCUUCUUGAUUCAUAAUUUGGAUAUGAUGUUUUGAGCACCUCACGUUAUAUUUAGGAGAUGUGGUUGUAUGGUGUUUUAUCCUAAAUGGAUGUUUGAUAAUCGCAGAAAGGGAGAUCUGUGAUUAAGCUCCCUGUUUCCUUUCAAUUUCAUGCUUGUAGGAAGUAUUCAAAGGUUGAUUGUUUUUUAAGUUUCUUUGAUCACACAUAACUAAGUGCAAUCGAAAGGUUCAUGGUUGUACUCAGUAUUCAAAUUUUGAUUUACAAGACAUGUGAGUGUUCUUUGUGUAAUGUGGUUUGUUUGUUGAAGCAGGUUCUUGUUGUUCAUUCAACAAUCCAUGUCUAAACCAGUGAUUGUUGAUUAUUUUUUCCAGUACCCAUUUUGCUUUGUUGAAACCAAAUAAGAAUGGCAUGAUAGCCUUAAGACAGUAUCAACCAAUCAGUUUCUUUGCUUGAGAAUUCUUCUACAACAUGUAACAUCGUUAUGUUCUUUAAUUAAUAAGGUUCAAGAAUGGAACUCGAUGGUAGAUAUGUCGUGUUAUUUGUGUGUGAUGGUUAACGAAACUAGGAAUCAUUUGUUUUAUGGAUUUUGUUUUGUACAUGAAGUUUGUAGGUUAUUUAUGUGAUGGAUGGGAUUAUUCCCCUGGUGAAGGAUGACAUGAAGGUCUAGAAGAAGAUGUGCAGAAGUUGGAGAAGCAUCAUGUGGGAAGUUUCUGUAGACCAUGGUGGUUAGUUAAGUAUAGAGAGAACGAUGUCGCUGUAUUUUGGGAAGAAGAUGACAAUGUAGGAGUUGACUGGGAAAUAAUGGCAGUGCUAGAGGUUAAGAUGCUUAGCGAUUGUAACUUCACAAUAGAGCCAGCCAUGAUAGUGGUCUUAGGAUGAGUUAGAUGUUUAGAAGAAUGUAAGUAUAAAAGUCUACGGUAGACUGUUGCGUUUCAUUUGAAUGUUCAUGGUUGAUUUAAAUAUGUUGGAACUGAAGACACUUUGGUGCAAAGAAAUGGAUGGCUUUUAAGGCCUAAUGAAAUUGCUUUAGGUGCUGGUCAAUUUCAGCUAUAAUUAAGGUAAUUUCCUGUACUAUCCAAUUCUUUGUUAGAGGAGUCUUCAAUGUCGAUUUGUCAGCCACUUUAUCUUAGAAACAUAUUUUAAUACAGUGGAGCUGGGGAAUAUUUAUUUAUGUUAAGCCCAAGUAAGUUCUUUGGAUAAUGAGGAGACAUGGUAAUGACGAGGCCUAAUGGCGAGAUGUUGUAAUAGUAAAGUAUAAUUUCUCGA